GUAUGACCCAGUAACAACGGCCUCGGAGUUCACUGAGAGAACCUACACCAAGGAAAACUUAAGAGUGAAAUUCGGAUAAAUAAAGUAGUAAGUGUGGUUAUGACGGAGUUAUAAUGACAACAAUCCAAAGAAGAGUCUUGUUUGAACACAGCCACAGUAAGUCAUGCUCCCAUCAGACUGUCAUGUGAAAAGAAAACUUCGUCCGCAGAAAAAUUCUCACGUUUUUCACACGAAAUGGAAAAUGGGAUUAUUACUACAGUGAGACAGGCAGCUGGUCGACCUCAGAGAACUUGGCCUUGAACAGCACCAAGAGGCAGGCACCGUCGAGUGUUGAGUUCACCAAAGCCUCUUACACCCGAGUACGAUUUUCCGUGUGGCCUCAUUAACAGCACCAGCGACACAACAAGUCCUGCAGUGGCUGUGGACCUCACACCACCAAGGUCUCGGUGGCUCCUGUGGUACGGAUCUUCCUCUUACUAGCCGCCAGGAGGCAAUCGUUGCAGCGGUCACCAGCAGCAGCCACCAGUACUACUAACACUAGUAAUCACUAGGAAUCCUACCAGUCACCAAAAAAACAGAAACACCCUCUGCAACAAUACCAAUGCUUGACAUCAACACCAAGAAAUACUAAAAUCACCAAACAUCAACACCAAGAAAUACUAAAAUCACCAAACAUCAACACCAAUAAAUACUAAAAUCACCAAACAUCAACACCAAUAAAUGCUAAAAUCACCAAACAUCAACACCAAGAAAUACUAAAAUCACCAAACAUCAACACCAAGAAAUACUUUUAAAAAAUCACUCCAGACAUCAGCACCAGGUAUGUCCUCCCCGAGUCAACCAGAGAGGGGAGUAGUGGUGAACCUGACGGAGGAGGUGUUGGGCGCCGUGAUGACCGGCGUGAACAACGGGAGUGGAGGAACUGAAGUGAACGACACCUUCGAUGAACACGAGUACAUCAGCCGUGAACUGGGACCCCAGAGAGUCUCGUACAACACUCUACUGCCGCUGACUGUCGUGUACUGUGUGAUCGCUGUAGGAGGCGUGGUGGGGAACGCCCUCACCUGUCUGGUCGUGGCCAGGAACCACUCCAUGAGGACCUCCACCAACUACUACCUCGUCAACCUCGCCGUCGCCGACCUCCUCACCCUCUGUCUAGCACUACCAAUAGAGAUGUACCAGAUGUGGGUGCAGUACCCAUGGCCGUGGGGUGACGCCGCCUGCAAGAUAAGGGCCAUAUUACCUGAGACUCUGGCCCACGUGUCCGUCUUAAAUAUCCUGGCCGUGACGGGAGAGAGGUACGUGGCCAUCACGGACCCCGUCUACGCCCGCACCACGCACACCCUCGCCCGUACCGCCCGUGUCCUCCCCGUCAUCUGGAUAGUGGCGCUGCUGGCGGCUACACCCUGGGGCUACUACCAGCAGGCCUAG